AUGAUCGUUCACAAAACAGUCUGCAUCGACGCUCGACCCACCGUCGACGCCUUACUCCCCGCCUUCCGCUCGGCGCGGGUCCUCCAAUUAUGCACGGGCGCGUCGCAGCCCUGCCCCGGCGGCCGCGGCGGCUGCGUCGCAACGUCGCGCCUGUGCGACGGCGCGCCCGACUGCAGCGACGCGAGCGACGAGGGCGUCGACUUCUGCGAGGCGUUGUAUCCGCCGUACGAGCCAUACGAGGAGGGCAAUGUGUGCAACCCCGAGCAGUUCCAGCUCUACUGCCCCAGCGGCGGCGGAUGCAUGCAGGAAUCGGAGGCGUGCGACGGCAAGCCCAACUGCUCCGACGGAAGCGACGAGUCGCUGACGUUCUGCAAGAAUUUCGUCUGCGACAACCAUUGUUUCCUUCCCUGCGUCCUCGUCCUCCUAAGCAUUAUCUUCGCUGAACCGUUUGCCCCUCCCCCCAAUUCAACUACCCCCCACCCCUCACCCGCGCCACACCUUCCCCUCCCCCUUUCUUCUCCCUUUCCCCGUCAGAACCACCCCACACCCCCUCUCCCUCCCUUCCCCAUCCGCUCCCCCCCACUCUGUUAUAUUCUUCCCUGCCCGUUCUCUCCCAUCCUGUCUGUUGUUUUCUUCCCUACAAUCUCUCUCCCCCUUUUGGGUUUCCUUCAUCCCUCCCCUCUCUCACCACCAUAUGUGAUUCAAUCUUCUCUCCCUGUUAUCUACUCCACCCCGUAUUUCCUUCGUCCCUGCCCGUCCCCUUCCCCUCCUCUGUCUUUCCUUCGCGCGCUCUCAUUCCCCACCAGGCCUACUGCCCAUCCAAGGUCGGCUGCAUGCCUCCAGGCGGCGAGUGCAACGGCGUGGUCGACUGUGAUCUCUCCCCACUCUGCGUUCCCCUCUUUCCUGCCCGCCUACUGCCCAUCGAAGGUCGGCUGCAUGCCUCCUGGCGGCGAGUGCAACGGCGUGGUCGACUGUGCGGACGGCAGCGACGAGGGACCGCAAUGCCCCGGCUAUCAAGGCGGCUCGUCUGGCAGUGGUGGCACGUCAACAACGAACAGCACUGCCCCUGGCUCUGGUGGCGGUGGUUCGACUGACACGUCAACGAACGGCACUGCUCCUGGUGGCGGGUCCGCAGGCGGAGGCGGGUCGUCAUCGGGAGGCGGGUCGUCAUCGGGAGGCGGGUCGUCAUCGGGAGGGGGGUCGUCAUCGGGAGGCGGGUCGUCAUCGGGAGGCGGGUCGGUGACCGGAGGCCCUGCUGUGUUGAGUCCGGAGGAAAAAAAGGCUGCUUUGGAGGAAAAGAAGAGGAAGCAGGCAGAGAAGGCGGCGGCGAUUGCUGAGAAGAAGCGGAAGCAGGAGGAGAAAGCUGCUGCGAUCGCGGAAAAGAAGAGGAAGCAGGAGGAAAAAGCGGCUGCAAUUGCGGAAAAGAAGCGGAAGCAGGAAGAGAAGGCGGCUGCGAUUGCGGAAAAGAAGAGGUUGCAAGAAGCCAAGGCUGCUGCUAUUGCUGAGAAGAAGCGGAAACAGGCUGAGAAGGUGGCUGCAAUUGAAGCAAAGAAGAAGCAGGCUGAGAGGGCGGCUGCUAUUGAGGCUAAGAAAUCAAGUGCAGCAGCAGGUGUGAGCAAGUGA